AUGAAGUAUGAAAAAAAUGACAAAGUGAGGUGUGUGGUGAAGUGCAAGCAUGAGAGUUGUCCAUGGAAACUUACUCUUAGGUAUGAUAAAGAUCAUAAGUGUUGGAAGAUAACAGUGUUAGCUGAUAAACAUAAUGGUUGUGUAAGGACUAAGAAGAAUUCUAUGGUUAAUUCAACCAUUGUUGCAAAAAGAUGGAAAGAACAGAUUAAAGGGCACUUGGACUGGAAAACAAAUGCAUUUUUAGAAAAGGUUUGUGUUGAUGACCACUACACACUAAGCAAGAAGCAAGCAUGGAGGGCUUUAGUCAAAGCCAAAGGUGAAAUAAGACAUGAGGCAGCAGACUACUUCAAUAGGAUAUGGAGUUAUUGUAUGGAGAUACAUAGAACUAAUCCCAACUCAGUUGGAAUAGAUGGGAAUGAAAGUAUAUUCCCAAUUGCUUAUGCAAUUGUAGAGAAUGAGAAUAAGGACUCUUGGAGUUGGUUUCUUGAAUUGCUAAAGACAGACUUGCAAAUUCAUCCCAUGGUACAAAGUGAGUUCACAAUGAUAUCAGACAAGCAAAAGGGUCUCAUACAAGCCUUUGAGACUGUGCUACCAGCAGUUAGGCAUAGAUUCUGUGUUAGACAUCUGCACAAUAAUAUGAGGGUGGCUGGUUUCACUACAAAUACAAUAAAAGAUGCCUUGUGGAAAACUGCUAGGGCCACUACAGUCAAUAGCUUUAGGACAGCACUGCAAGAGUUAAGAAAUCUAGAUGAAGAGGCAUUUGCUUGGCUUGGUGAUAAACACCCAUCAGAGUGGUCUAGAUCCCACUUUACUGGAACUGCCAACUGUGACAUAUUGGUGAAUAACAUUUCUGAGUCAUUCAAUGCAAUGAUACUGCAAGCUAGGGAAAGCCCUGUUAUCAAUUGUUUGGAGAUAAUUAGGAAAAAAAUCAUGUUGAGGUUAUUUGAGUCAAGAACUCAGGCUGCCCAAUGGACUGGUAUUGUUUGUCCAAAUAUUGUGAGAAAAAUAGAUGAGAUUGAGAAGCUUGCAGGAGGAUUAAUUGGUUAUCAGUCUGCUCCAAUGUUGUUUGAGAUCAUAGGGACACACUCUGGGCAGUACACUGUGGACUUAGGUAGAAGAGUUUGUUCUUGUAGGAAAUGGGACCUCACUGGAAUCCCUUGCCCACAUGCAGUCUGUGCAAUAUGGAUAAAACAUGGCAAAGGUCCUAUUUGGCAGUAUGUGGACUCUUGCUACCUAAUAUCCACAUACAUGAAAACAUAUGAGGGAUGUAUAAAGCCAAUGUCAGGUUAUGAAGAUUGGCCAACCACAAGUAGAGAACCUCCACUGCCACCUGUAUAUAAUGCAAGGCCUGGCAGACCUAGAAAAUUGAGGAUGAAGUCUAGGGGUGAGACCAGUAAUGAUGGGCAGCAUUUAUCAAGGAGACAUGUUGUUUUACAUUGCACAAAAUGUAAUGAAGUAGGCCAUAACAACAGAAAAUGUCCUAAAUUCCCUACUGUGAGGCUUGCCACUCAGGCUGCCCAGAUAGGUGAUGAAGCUGUUGUCCAAGUCCCUGUUGCUGCUGCCCAGAUUGGUGGUGAAGCUGCUGUCCAAGUCCCUGUUGCUGCUGCCCAGAUUGGUGAUGAAGCUGUUGUCCAAGUCCAAGUUGCUGUUGAACCUGAUAUAAUCUCUCAACCUGAAAUUGAGGAUAAUCUAUGGGAGAUACCAGAUGAUAUCUUGGAUGCUCAUUGGCAUGAAAUUGAAGUUCAGACUCAGAACAAUCUUGUAGAAGCUUCACUCAGUACCAACUCUGAAAUUCCAGUCAUACAAGUUCCCUUUGAACAAGAAAAAAAGAUUAAAGGGAAACAAGGCAUGGUACCCAAGAUAUCAAGAAAAAGAACAGCCUCAAAGGAUUUCAAUAAGAAGAAACAACCUGUGAGGAAGUACGCUACAAGAUCAUCAACCACAUUCAAGUCUAAGUUCUCAGGGAAUGACAAAGAUCCAAUCAAUUUGGACUAA